AUGGCGUCACCAUAUGGAAUACCAAAUAAAUCUACUGGUAAUGACAAUUCUGAGACUUUUGAUUUUGGAGGUCGAAGUUAUGUGAGUAUGUCAUAUAAACCAAGUUUAUUAUCUUCAUCUUUAGUCAAUACUGGUGUUGAGGUUCACGAACAAACAGCAAAUUUAGCAAGUGUACUUGUUACUGAAUCCCUAAAUGAAGACGAAAACGAAGACGAUUUAGAACAACAACAACAACAACAACACCAUCGAGAAGAAGAAUCACAAGACCAUCAACAUUCCUUAUCUGAAUCAUCACUUUUAAUGCCCAAUUCACCACGAAAUAAUUAUUUUUCUCAAGCAGAUGCAUUAGAGUCAGAAAUUGGUUCACCUAGUGUAAACAGUUUUGGACGAAGAAGUCAUAGUGGAAGCAACCCAUCAGUCAAUUCCCUCCCCCAACCAUCACCAUCAUCAUUAUCAUUAUCAUAUAAAGAUAACAUCCCUGAAAAACAACCAAGUAAAUUGCAUUCCUAUUUGGUCAAGCCAAUUCGAUAUAUUCCCGGGGUAUUUCUUGGUACUUUAUUGAAUAUUUUAGAUGGAUUAUCUUAUGGUAUGAUUAUGUUUCCUAUAAGUGAAUCGAUUUUUGCAUCUUUGGCACCCGCAGGUUUAUCAAUGUUUUAUAUGUCAUGUAUAAUUUCUCAAUUGAUUUAUUCACUUGGUGGAUCAGCAUUCAAAGCUGGUAUUGGAUCAGAAAUGAUUGAAGUAACACCAUUUUUCCAUACCAUGGCAGGAGCCAUUGCUAAACAAAUAACAAAUGAAUCAAACGGUAAUAAUAAUAUUAAUAAUGAUGCUAUUAUAGCCACUACCAUUACAUCAUAUGCCGUUUCUUCAAUUGUCACCGGAUUGGUGUUUUUUUUAUUAGGUAAAUUGAAAUUGGGUGUUUUAGUGGGGUUUUUCCCUCGACAUAUUUUGGUGGGAUGUAUAGGUGGUGUUGGAUAUUUUUUAAUUGCUACUGGUAUUGAAGUUUCAUCACGAUUAGAAGGUGGAUUAUCUUAUAAUUAUGAAACAUUUAAAUAUUUAUUUUAUAAUCAUACUACAUUAUUGGAAUGGACAAUUCCUUUAUUAUUAGCAUUGAUUUUAAUAAUUUUACAACAUAAAUAUCAUAAUUCUUUAUUGGUCCCACUUUAUUUCAUUGCUGUGUUUAUAAUUUUCCAUUUAUCAGUUGCGGUUGUACCAAGUUGGAAUUUAAAUAAUGCUAGAAUUAAUGGUUGGAUUUUCCCCAUGGUUGAAGAUAACGAACCAUGGUAUAGUUUUUAUUCUUUAUAUAAAUUCAAUCUUGUGGAUUGGGUUUGUAUUGUACGUCAAAUUCCAACAAUGUUAGCUUUAACAUUUUUCGGUAUUUUACAUGUCCCCAUUAAUGUCCCGGCUUUGGCAGUUUCAGUCGGUAUGGAUCAAGUUGAUGUCGAUCGUGAAUUAGUGGCUCAUGGAUAUUCCAAUGCGAUUUCUGGUCUUGUUGGUUCGAUCCAAAACUAUCUUGUUUAUACCAAUUCAGUGUUAUUCAUUCGUGCGGGUGCCGACGAUAGAGUUGCGGGGGUUAUGUUAGCUAUUGCCACGGCUGCAGUUAUGAUGGUAGGCCCUGUGGUCAUUGGAUAUAUACCAGUUUGUGUUGUCGGUGCAUUGAUUUAUUUAUUGGGUUAUGAAUUAUUAAAGGAAGCAAUUUACGAUACUUGGGGCCGAUUAAGAAAUAUUGAAUAUAUCACAAUUAUAAUUAUUGUUGUCACAAUGGGAGCAGUUGAUUUUGUUGCUGGUAUUGGGGUUGGUAUUUUAUUAGCGUGUUUAUCAUUUGUGGUAGAAGCAGGUAGAACUCCAGUUGUUCAAGGAAUAUAUUCCGGUAGUGUUGCUAGAUCUACUGUUAUGAGACAUCCAAAACAACAAGAAUUUUUGAAAAAUGUUGGUGAACAAAUUUGUAUUGUCAAAUUACAGGGGACAUUAUUUUUCGGUUCAAUUGGUGGAGUAGAAAAAGAGAUUAGAAAUAUGUUUGAACAUGAUAAAUUUAAAUCUAAUCCAAUAAAAUAUUUGAUAAUAGAUAUGAAGGGAGUUAUUUCAUUAGAUUUUUCUGCGGCAGAAGGAUUCCGAAGAAUUUUAAAUUUGGCUAAUGAUUUCAAAACCCAAUUUAUAAUUUCAUCUGUAGGUGAAGAUGAUGAUAUAAUUCAAGGCUUACGUGAUGCUGGGAUAUUUGAUAAUGGAGCCAAUGCACCAAUAGAAUUAUUUAGUAGUUUGAAUUAUGCCUUGGAAUGGUGUGAAAAUAGUUUUUUGAAAACUUAUAGCAAACUUAAGAAAAGUGAUCCAGUUAAAACCAGAUCAGUACCUGGAUCUUCAACAUUAACUACAACACGUCAAUCAUUUGCAUCUCCUUCAUCAUAUGGAGCUAAAAUUUUCGGUAAAUAUGGAGAAUUUGGUACACCUAGAACUAAUCAAGUUUUCCAAGCUGCUAGUAAAACCGUUUAUGAUGAACAUAAAACUGAAAGUAAAUUUGAAUCUCAAAAAAAUUCCCUUUUCCAAAAACAACCAUUAUCAUUAAUUAUGUUAUCAUUCCAAGGUUUAUCCGAUAAAGAUGCUGAAUUUUGGUCAAAUAUUACUCCUUAUUUUGUUAAAGAAAAAAUUCCAGAAAAUUAUCAAUUUUAUGAUACCAAAAAUGAUGAACCAGCAUUUUUCAUAGUUGAAUCAGGUUUGAUUCGUUCAAUUAUUAAAUUCGAAAGUGAGGGCCGAGAAUUACAUAGUAGUAUUUUACCAUUAGUGGCAUUUGGUGAUUUAGAUGAUGCUUCAGAAUAUCGACAAAUCAUUUAUACUACUGUAAAUGAUACUGUUGUUUGGAAAUUGACUCAAGCCAAAUUAAAAGAAAUGUUGGCUAAACUUGGAUCUAAAGGUGAAGAGUUGUAUCAUGAAUUAUUAGAAGUUGAAGCUAAAUUAAUUAGAGGUAGAUUUGAUACUAUGACAGCAAAUUUAAUAAUUGCUGGUUGA